CGAAACGUCAAACACCAAACAACACGCGCACCGUACGGUUCGCACAACACGUGCGUCUAUCUAAACUAACGAAAAGUUAAUAAUUACACACAAAAAUGAAGGUAAAAGUACCAAAAACGUUAAAGCCCGUCGAGAAGAGUCAGAAGCUUCUAAAGAAAUCAAAAUCAGGCAUACAGAAGGCGAAAACCCCCAAAGCAGCGCUGAAGCCAGCCGUAGCGAAGGUAGCGGUUGCCAAAGCUGCUAAGGUGGCCACUGCCGAGGAACUACCCGUAAAGACAGCAUUUUCUAUGUUGGUAAAACCGAAAAAACAAGCGCAAAAGAAAUCCGCCGCGGUGAAGAAAGCUGAGCAAGAGAAUUCACCUCCACUGGUAAAGCAGGCGAAUGGAACCGGACCUGCUGACGCUGCGAGUAAGCAGAAGAAAGCUAAAGCUGAACCGGCAGUGAAACAGGCGAAUGGAACUGGACCUGUUCCUGCUGCGAGUAAGCAAAAGAACGCUAAAGCUGAGCCGGCAGCGAAACAGGCGAUUCGAACCCAACCUGCUCCUGCUGCGAGUAAGCAAAAGAACGCUAAAGCCGAGACGGCAGCGAAACAGGCGAAUGGAACUGGACCUGCUCCUGCGGCGAGUAAGCAAAAGAACGCUAAAGCUGUGACUGCAGCGAAACAGGCAAAUGGAACUGGACCUGCUCCUGCUGCGAGCAAGCAAAAGAACGCUAAAAACGGCCCGGCAGCAAAACAGGCAAAUGGAACCGGACCUGCAGCUGCGAGCAAGCAAAAGAACGCUAAAAACAAACCGGUAGCAAAACAGGCGAAUGGAACCGGACCUGCAGCUGCGAGCAAGCAAAAGAACGCAAAAAAUGUGCCGGCAGCAAAACAGACGAAUGGAUCCGGCCCGGUCAAGAGAGCAGCACCAGUAGCGCAGUCGAAAGCGGAAAAGGGUGAUAACAAAAGGCCGGAAUCGGAUGAACCCGAGGGAAAGAAAUCUAAAAAACUUCUGACAGUGCAGAUGAAAGCUUUGAAACGGGCGGAACGAAAGGUUGAGACUGGAGCACCCGAAAAAGCGGACGAAGCAACGUUGGCACUCGUGCCGCAGCAGUUGAUUUCGAAGGAAAGCUUCCAGAAGGUGUUUGAAAUUAUCCGCAACAAGGUGGACGAUAAGGGAAAGAAACUGUUCGGAGAUGAUUUGAAGUACAGUCUGCAGAUCGUCAGCGUUAAAGUGCCGCGCUGUCCGGUACGGAACAGUCGUCUGUCGCUGUCCCACCCACUGCUUCGGGCGGAGGAUGAAGUAUGUCUGAUUGUGAAGGACUUGGUGCGGGGUCGUGAUGUCGACUUUACGCCUAGCUUGCACCACUGGGAGGACAAGUUGAGCGGACAGGACUUCGGCUACAAGCUGCAAAUCAUCCCAUUUCAGCAGCUGAAGCGAGAUUACAGUUCGUUCGAGAUGAAGCGCAAGCUUGCCCAACGCUAUGAACGGUUCUUGGUUGAUGCGCGCAUCGUUGGUCAUGUGUUCGCUUUCCUGGGGUCUCAAUUUGCUAAGCGCUGCAAGAAUCCCGCACCGGUGAAUUUGGAAAACGAGUCCAAGAUCAAGGAAGCGAUCGGGCAGGCACUGCGCUUGCAGACCUACCGGCAGGGCAAUACUGGGUUGUCGACGGAAAUCAAGUUUGCCGCUCACUGGAUGCCGGUGGAGCAUGCGGUCGAGAAUGGAAUGGAGCUGCUGGAGAAGCUGAAAACCGUCUACCCGGGCGGCUGGUUGAACAUUCAGGCGAUCAACGUAACGACGGCCACGGAAAAGACAAGCUCGUUCCCGAUCUACGUCAGCACGAUCGAUCCCAAUCUGGUACCGAUUCCGACGGUGGUUGGACCGCGAGAAAAGUUUGUGAAGAAGCAGCAAGCCCUGAUCGAGAAGAAGACCGGCGGUGAGUACGAGGUGACGAAGGAGGGUGUUGUGCGGAAGAAGCGCAAGCUGAACCUGGACGGACAACCGGACGAUGCGGAAGAGUCGGAUGUCGAGGUGGAAGAUUUGGAACCGGAACAGGACGAUAACUGGGUGCCGUACGAUGAUGACGUACCGAGGCGUCGACGCACCGGUGGUGGUGGUGGUAAGCGCCAGAAGGGUCCGAAGAUGAGGGUAAAGUAAGAUGGUUUAUUUACAUUCAAUAUUCAAUAAACGGUACACAUCAAAUAAUACCAUCCCAAGUGGUAUUGGGAUAUCUUA